UCUUGAUUUUAUAUAUCGUUACUGGUCAAUAGCAGAAAAUACUAAAAUUACACUUUCUAUUUAAGAUAUUUAUAUUAAUAAAUAUUUAUAUAUAUUAAUAAGAUAUUUAUUAGUAUUGUAUAUAACUUAACCAUAGAUAAUACACACACUUAGUAACGUCAACGCUGUAAUGCCAACCAAAUGCCAACAUUGCCAACCUAUUUUUAGUUUAUUUGAUGUGAUUUGGAGUUUAUCAUAAAAACUUUAUUCACAAUUAUCAUAAAUACUGUGUAUUACUAUUUUUAAAAGCUGGAUCCCUGAUGAGUCUCAGCACAGAAGACAUAGAAAAAUGGACGAGAGACGGAAGAAACAAAGUUUUUUUUUUGCAGAGCUUGAAAUGUCACCGAGCUGUUCGAGUUUCGAAGUCCUGGAUCCACAUGAUCCUGUGAUCAGUCGGUUAGCCACACAGCUCUUUAAAAAAACAACUGACUACCUUCAGGCUGAAAUGGUUGCUGGACAGGAACACUACAUGCUGCUUGAGGAGAUCAACAGACUCGCGAUCACCAAGUACGCAGAUCUAAGGAGCCUAGCCGCGAACCUGAACAAGACCCUUAAUGAAUACAACGAGAUGUAUGCCCAGCAGAUCCAACCCCUACUCCAGCAGAUAGAUCAAAUCGAAGUCCAGGUAUCUAAAUUCGAAGUUAACGCUUACCGCCUCGACAGCUAUACGAAGCAAUUGAAGGCUCGUUUUAAGGAGCUUGAAGAGAAGUAAGGCGGUACCCGGCUGUCGUUAAAUGGGGGUCUAAAGCAUAGUUGUCCUGCUCGCACGCUUGAACUCACCCCGGUCCACGAAGAAAACUCGAUACAGCAAAAUCAUUGUCGGGUUCGAAAAUGCCGCGUUACGUUAAUACAAUUGAAUUCAAAAAUGAAUAAUUUCCCAAUUUAGCCUUUGCUCCUAGAUCGGCGUGCCUUGUCCAAUGAUGGUAUGGUAUGAUUAUUGGGGCGUUUAUAGCCUUUUAUUUGCUCGCGAUUUUAGAGAAAUUCGUUUUGAAAGAUAAACCAAAAAAGGGCUGUUUUAUCAACGUCAAAACACUUUUUACUGGUGGUAGGACCUCUUGUGAGUCCGUGCGGGUAGGUACCACCACCCUGCCUAUUUCUGCCGUGAAGUAGUAAUGCGUUUCGGUUUGAAGGGUGGAGCAGCCGCUGUAACUAACUAUACUUGUGACCUUAGAACUUAUAUCUCAAGGUGGGUGGCGCAUUUACGUUGCAUUACGCAUUACGUUACUCUAGUAACCACUUAACACCAGGUGCGCUGCGAGCUCGUCAGACCAUAUAAGCAAUAAAUAAAUAAAUAAUGUUAUAGUCUUUAUAGAGUAAAUUAGUCAAAUCAGGCCUGCUUUGUUGGUCGAUGUUUGACUUGACUUUGAUCGGAUCGCGACCAAAGUACUUAGGAUCACCCACGCUAGCCAAUCUGAAAAUUAUCUGAAAAUUUGAAAUAUAGGGAACAGAUACUCUACGAACCCACUAUGUAAGACUUUUAUAAAUAUUCAAUUUAACAACGUGAAGUUUCAAAGGGAUUCCGCUAAUUUACAAUAAUUGAAAUAGCUCAGUCCUCAUAUAAUUGUUAUAAUGUGUUACCGGACAAUGAAUAGUGUUGUCCAUUAAUCGUUAAAGUGCUGAUACAGUUAAAGAAAAAAAAAAACUUGUGCCCUGCUAUCUCGUGACAUUAUCACUACCGCACAGCUUUAUUAUCUGUAGCUAGUACUUAUAAGUAAGUUUAGGUAGAUUCUUCUUAAUUACCAGAAUUCGAUGAGGUUACCGCUGAUACGUCAAAUCUUACUGGGCCACUGCUGUAGUAUAAUUUUUCUCUCCUCUUAGCUCUAGAAGCGUUUGUUUAGUACUUUAGCGUAAUAGAAGGCCGGGAACUUAAUAAUGACCCUAUGAUUAGAUGCAACAGUUUACGAGAACCGUUGUCACGUAUUCAACUGUGGCAGUGAUUACGUCACUAAUGAUAUCGCGUAACAAUAUGAGCAGGCCUUGCUACUCUUCAAAACAUUGAUUUCUUCGGUUUUGUAUAUACUCCGGAAAAAAAUAAUGAAACACUUCUAAUAAUGAAAUAAUGAAUAAUAGUGUGGAUAUUGAAAAUAAUGCGAUAUAAAACAUCAAUCAACAACAAUAUAAUCUAGUAUUAAUAGUUAAAAAAGAGAACUAUUGAGCACGAAGUGAAAUUAUUAGUCUGUUAUUGAACACCAAUUGUUAACAUAAGUCAUGAUUCAAACCAGCUUUGUGCCUGAAAUAUACGCACUAUACAAACGGUAGAAAGAGUCACACAACAUCAUAGUACACGUAUUAAAAGCAACAUAAUUUAACAAUCAUUAAGUAAAUUAUCAUAAUUUUUGAGCACAUGCACUAACAAUUGAGGCGUCAGAAUUAAUUUCGUUGAAAUAGUUGAGCUCCUAAUGCAUUAAUCAAAUAAGUUUCAAAAAAAUGUAUGUAUCAAAUGACAAACGUAUUUUUCUUAAUUUAAUUUUUAUUAAAAACACCCCAGACAGAUGGAGUAUCAAAUUUUUAUUACAAAUAGCGUGUACAUGCCCAUACAUUCCUUAGAAUACAAAGAUAUCAGAUAUUUAUUUACGUUUAUUUAUAUUUGUUGCACUGCGCGUAUAUAAUUGACGUCAUUCAAAGUUAGUCGUUGCGUGAUUUAUCGGUCUCUAUUCAAAAUGACCAGUGCUUCCUGUAAAUUACUACAAUGUAUUGCAACGUGGUUCUGAAUUACCAUUUAAACAGGUUUUAAAAAUGUCAAUAAAUACCUAAACAAUAAUAAAAUUAGAUUGAAUAAAGAAGAAAUAGUAUUUAGCUGUCGAUAUAAAAUUAUAAUUAUAUAAUAUAUUCAUUUAUUUAAUCCAAGUUAUUACAAUAAAUAAUAUAUGUAAUGCCCUUAAUAACUAUAAAAUUAUAAGUAAUUAUUAAUCAAAAUAUUAUGGGAACGUAUCUGUUAUUUGGCAGAACGUAAGCAAUUUUAGAGAUAAAUGUUUUUUUUUCUCGAUAAAUACCAACUGUGACUUAAACAUGACACCUAAGUGCAUUAAAUCAACAUUGAGUGUAAUCUCAUUGAAAUUAAUACGUAAAGUAAGCAAUAAAGAGAUUUAUUAAAUAUUUUUAUUAAAUACUAUUUUUCAACAAACAGAACGUGUUCACAAAUGUUUUAUAUAUUUACAUAGACUAUUCGAUAUUUGAAUGCUUUCUCUGUUGAGAUGAAUGAUUAGUUGAGGCCGUCACGAUGGCGCCAUGUUAUUAUAUUAAGAAAUAAUAAAAAAAAUGUAGCUUAAUUACUAAAAAACACGUUUUAGUAGCAGCAAACCAAAAUAAAGAAUUAAAUAUUCUUUCAUAUCCCGUUAGUUCGGUUUAGGAUAUUAGGCCAAAGUAAUAAAAGUACUAAAGUGUCAUCAGUGCUUGAUACGUGCGCAAACUUUCAAGUUGAAAGUUAUGAAGUUUUUUAAAAUUACGUUGGGAUAUUUCGUUAUAUAAGCGCGUUAAAAAAUUAAGUUGAAUGCUAUUUUCACUACUUCGAUGCUAUAGAAAUGCUAUAGUAUAAUUAUUAUUAUGAAUAAAAUAACCCGAAAUAGUAAUAUUUUCAUUUAUUUCGUUUUUGUUUUUUUGUUAUCAUAUAGUUUCGAAUUCAAGCUUAAGUAUUGUUCAUCAUACAGUAUAAAAACUAAUUCGGCGUGUUAAAUCCAAAACUUUAGUGUGAUCGUAUAAAAUUUACAUUCAUUUUUUUCGAGUGCCAUCUAUUAAUGAGUAAAAAACGAUGGCCCGCUAGGCUUAGUUCAAUAUAACCCCGCUAGAUGUCGCAGUUAUUGGAACCGAGCUAUUAAAACACAUACAACAUGUUUUAACACCAGCAUCUCUCCGCCUGUGAACGAAAUUUGAUCACAAAAUAUUUCUAAUAUAUUUUUAUCUUUUCAUUGCUCUCCUUUUUAUAAUUAACUAUGGAGAGUAGAAAUAAGGAGCACCAUCCUAUAUAGGUGAUAAGAAAAAGGGUCCACCUGUAAACAGCUAUUGUUGGAAGACUCGCCGAAAUAGCGCUAGUGUAGCAAAUAGAAAUGAUAUGAAAAUAGCAGUUUUAAACAGAGUAGUGUGCUGGGUUGAAAAAUUUAUUAUUUUUCGUGACUUCAACUAUUUAUUUUUAUUACUAAUUAUGCAGGAAGUGUUUUUUUCCUUCUUAAUCUAGUAUCCUACUCUAUGUUAUCUGUCAUCUAUCUAGUUAUGGCGCUGUUUUUUAAAUCUUUCCACUUGCGACUGUGGCGCCACUUUAAUUGACCCACAUUCUAAUACACUGAGAUAGUACUCCCUACUUCUACCCUCCUUAUUUGAUGAUAUAAAUUAUUUAAUAAUGUUCAAUGACAGUUCCGAUAAGCAUUUCAUAAAAUGACAGUAACACAAUAUUAGGUAGCUUAAUGAUAGAACUGGUUUAAAAAACAGCAAUAACUAAUAUUACCUUCGUAUUCACCAAUUAUGUGGCUUCGGAAUAAUGCUUCGGAUGACGGUUGAUACACAUAACAUUAUUAUUAUGUUUUAUUGCAAAGAUUCGUAGUUAUAUUCUGCGAUCGACUUAUUUCGUGACCCUGGAAUUUCUUGUUUAGAACCACUUGUCUGCAAAUAGGUUUACGCAUCAUGCAUAAUACUGUUAUCAUAGACACUGUUGUAACAAUUAAUUGUGUUUGGAAUUAUGUUAUGAGACAUGUUUAUUUUAUUUAAUAAUAAUAAUAAUAAUAUGUUAUUAAAAUAGCUUGAAUAAAUUUUCUAUUUCGAAAUAAA